AGGCUGCGACUACACGAAGCCGCCGCUCCCAGCUACGACAACGGGACGCAGCGAGCCAAGCCACGGCGCCGCUUGUCGCAAAGACCCACACUUCCCUCCUUUGUCUCGCCGCGACUGUGAAGCUGCCUCGGCACCUCCGCGAGGCCGAACGCUCGGCGGCAGGCGCCGGGAAAGAGUCGGGUACCAUAAGUGGGACGGCUUUAGCGAGAGGAAGCACGGCUCAGAGGGUCGUGCUGGCGCCGAAUUUACGAGAAGAUCCCAAAGAAGGGUGACACGCCUAGUGGCUCUUCCAUCCGGGCUCCUAUGUGCCUUAACACAGCAGCAUGAAGUUUGUUGUUGAGAAAAAACUGGAUAGAAAACUCUGCCACAACGUUGCAGCUCCUCCAAGUUGACAGGACCUUCCUUAGUCUCCUCUCACCAAUGGAAGCCAAGGGAUGCAGCCAGCGAUGGAAGAUGCAUCUCCCAGAAUUUAAACACAGUAGAAGAUGCUCGAGUUUGACUACAAAAGACAGUGAAAGAGACAAGAAACAGAGAGAGGGAGACAGAGGAGGGCCACACAAAAGUGUUUCUCUGGCGCCUACUUCCAGGUAUCUGACAGACAGACAGUACGUGAUGAGAAAGCCUCUCUUCUCUGCAGAACAGCAUACGUCUAUCUUAAAGAAGACACAUCCACAGAGGCACACACAGGUGAGGAGCACAGAGAAACAGGCAGGUGUUAGCAGUAGAGGACACACUGACAUGAACUUCUUGACCAGACCGAGAGAAGAGCUGACCCCACAGAGCUUCAGCCUCACUCACAGAGACAUCUCACCACCCUCGGCCUCUAGCGAAGACCUCGGCUCACCCUUGGGUGUCUCAGAUCUCAGGAGCAGGCUGUACCAUGAAGAACCCAUUUUUGGAUCACCUUUCUCUGCCAGCAGAUCAGCUCAGCGGAACCUCUCAAGCUCCAUCCUGGAGGCCCAGAGACUAAACCCUCCUCUGAGACCGCAACUGACCUCCACUGUCCUGAAUCCUACAUACACCCCUCGCUCAGAGUACUCAAGGCCAGGCAAGACAGAGAGAAGAGGUAGGGGGGGGACCAAACUAUGCUCUUCUGGAGGACACACAAGUGGUGACCCCAUGUCUCCCUAUCAGGCAAACUACUGGGCCUGUGCCAUCCCUAAAGCUUUGCCUCCAUCUCCAGACAGGCACUCUGCCAGCUGGGAUCCAAACAGGGAGUACCAGGAUUUGCUGGACUACACCUACCCUCUGAGACCAAGACAGGUGAUCAAUGAGUGGGAUAGCUCCGCGCUCAAGGGAGGCUCUCUCCUGCAAACAGACCUGCAGGACUCAGGGAUUGAACUGGACCGCCUUUGUAGCUCCACCAGCCUGUCAGGGUUGGACUUUUCUUUGAACGGCACAGGGCAGUCCAGAGAAACAGGUCCUCUUGGCGCGGGUUAUAGGUCCCCUGACCUGCCAGAGUUUACCAGAUCCUCAGACGGUCUGCCCUCCAGUACCCUGCUCUCCCAAACAGAUCCCGUGGGUUUGGCAUUGGACUGCAGUAAGGACAGAGGUGGACUGAAUUGUUACAAGAGUGAUGAUGAUCACCAACAUCAGCACCAUGUACUGUCCUCCUCCUCCUCCACUGCUUUUAUCCGCUCCACCAGUGUCUUUCCUCAACCUAGGUGUGUAUGUGGGGAGGUGGAUGAGGAGUUUUGGCCUCUUCCAGAGAGGCUGGAGGAGCUGCAGCUGCUGUCCAGACAGGUGAGGGAGGUGACAGCCCGGCUCAGGCCUAUCACAGCCAGCUGGGAGUCUCUGGAGCCAGGCACCCCUUCCAUCCUCUCCUCCAUCGCCCUGCCAGGAAAGCAGGAGGCCGAAGACGAAGAAAAGGACGGCAACAGUCAAGGCACAGAGGAGGGAAAAGAUGAGCUGGGCAGAGAGGAGAGGAACGCCACUCAGACGGCAGCUGGCCACAGGGGCUAUGAGGCAGCGAGGAGGACUUCUGGAGCCUGGCAGGAGCCUGUUAGAGGGGGACUGAGUCGGUCCAGUCUCAGGGAGGUGGAGGCUUUGGUUGAGCAGCUGUGUGGCCUCACCCUGCCUGGCAGCCAGAGGAGCAGCCAGGAGGGCCAAGAGCAAAGUCAUUCCCUGAUGCAGCACAUCCAGGUCUUCUGUUCACACCUGGAGCAGCUCAUCCAGCAGCUGUACACAGUGUCAGAGAAGAUGGAGCUGCUGGCUGCACCCACUGUGGACAUUGACAGUGUGAAGUCGUCUUUGGCUGAGUAUCAGAGUUUCCAGAGAGAGGUGAGCAGCCAUCAGCCCCUGACCUCCUGUGUUCUGCAUGCCGGACAGCUUCUGCUCAGCUGCAUCAACACCACGUCUCCACUUCUAAGAAAUACCCUGCUGCUGGUCGAGAGACAGUGUGAAGCUCUGCAGACCAACACAGAACCCUUGUUCUCCUCCAUCCUGUCUGCCAUGGACAGCCUAACCCAGCCCAGUCACCCCAGUUCACUCCAGUGGUGCAGAGAGGAGGACCCACCUGUGGGCGACCAGAGGUCCACUUUGUAAACAGACUGUAGGACACGUCUGUGUACAAGGACGUGAUUUAUUUCCCUUUUUUUGUCUUUGUUUUCUCAUUUACUUCCAUCAAUUCUGCUUUUUAAUACAAGCUUCUCAUUUAGGAUUCACAAAAAUCACAACUGACUUUUUUAUACAUGUUAGUAUGUUAUGCCAUUCAUUUGGCUGUGAAUGGCAUAACAUGCUGUUCGUUUAUCAUUGUAAUGUCCAGAGAUUUCACAGAAGUUUACUGAAGGAAAUUUUGAGGGACAAGUUUAGUGUCAAAAGUGGACUGAUCAUACUGAAUAAUAUAGGACAUCAAAGUGCUCCUAAAACUCUGUCUGAAGGAUUACAUGUUUAUAUGUCAUAAUAUUGCACUACUUUUUCUACUUAUACUUACUUACACUUGAGUUUUUCAAGACUUAAUGCUCCUCCGAUCACUUGUAAUGCAUUCAGUCUCUCAACCAAUUACAGAGAAGUGACUCUGUAGCCAGAAUGCUAGAAACAAAACAGACACGAUGAAGGGUGGUCAGAGUACUACACUAUGUCUGUCAGUACAGGUCUGUGGAAUAAGACAGGAUGAAUAAAGCUAACAGCUAAAAUCUUAAUCUGACUGUGAGCAAUGAAGCCCGUGUGCCAUCAAUUUAAACAAGACUAGUUCAAAACCUAGUACAUGCCUGGACCGUCCUUUAUCUGUUUGCUUCUCUCCUACUCUUUGUGCUUACAUAUAUAGCAUUUUUAUACAGACCAAUUCCCAAUAAAGCUGUUCUGAUUUA